ACUGCACAGACCUUUACUUAUUUGUAAGGAAGCGUAAUAAGGCAAGUGGCAUGAUGGCUAAAGGAGCCGAUAAUGAGAUAUGGAAUCUUUCAUCUCCAGCCUCACAAUCUCUCAGUGAUGAAGGAACCAUGGGGAGUAAGGAACCCAGCAAAUGCUUGCUUACAGCCUCUGAAAGCGAAGUUGAUCCAGCAACAUCACUUGCCUUAGAGAUGAAAUACGCACUGGAUCCCAACCGGCAGAUCAAGAAAAGAAACAAAGCCCUGCAGGUGAGAUUCAAAGACAUCUGUGAGGCUCAGAAUGAGCAGAGGGACAAACAGCUCUCUACCUUACAGCAAACUGACAAAAAGGAAGCAAAGCCCAUCUCUUACAGAGCAGCUUACCGGAAAUAUAUGACAGUGCCUGCCCGGAGAUCAAUCCCUAAUGUUACUAAAAGUACAGGAGUUCAGACUUCACCUGAACUUAAAAAGUGUUACCAGACAUUCCCUUUGGACCGGAAAAAGGGAAGUAUCAUCAAAAGCAUAGCUUCUGUUGACACUUUUCCAAGUCAAAACAAUGGAUUCCUAAUAGAUGUUAAAGAUAAAGAUGGCAAAAUCUCAGGGGAGGUUGCUCAGUGUAGCAAGAAAGUCACGGGAUUUGUGACAGCUGAGUUUAUUUCACAUACUAAUGAACGCAUGAAUUUAAUAGAGCAGCCUUCUAGUGACAACUGUUCGGAGACAUGUAGAAGCACUGAUUUGCACAGCUGUACUAAAGAACCUCCUUCUCUUCAAAACUCAGCAGCUUCUGUUUUAGAAGAGCCUGGUUACCAGCUGCAUGACAAAGCAAAAUACCAUCCUGGGCCGUUGGGGAACGAGGAGGCUAAUCCAUCUACUCAUGGGAAAGUGUUCAAGACAGAAGUAGCUUCUGUCUACUUGCCUGCAUCCAGUUCACACGUCUCACAGACUGACCUGCAAAAUUCUGCAGCAGCAGGGAAUGACUGGUCUCUGUGUCCAACCGAGGAGGACAAAAAAAGAACAGUGCAUCUUAAUGGUCUGCAAUCACAAGCCGUAAGUGCAGCUCAGGCCUGUCCGACGCAGGCACAGUGCCAAUCAACCGAAUGUAAUGAACAGACCCUUCAGAUACAUGUUUCACCUAUGGAAGGAAAACAGCCUUGUCAGACAGCAGUUGCUGUGAGUGAAGGAUGUCAACAAAUUGUGCCUCACACAGAAGUGGUAGACUUGAAAGCACAGCUACAGAUGAUGGAGAACUUGAUCAGCUCAAGUCAGGAAACCAUAAAGGUCUUGUUGGGUGUUAUUCAGGAGCUGGAAAAAGGAGAAGCUCACAGAGAAGGAUAUUGUUCCAUGGGGAAAAACCUUAUGUCGAAAUCGGACCUUGACUAUGUAAUGAAAGCUUCUUCUCAUUUGUUGAGACUUGACCCAUUAAAGCUUUCAUAUCGGACUGGUCAAGACACAUCUAACUGUGACACAUGCAGGAACAGUGCAUGUAUAAUCUAUAGUGUGGAAUUAGAUUUUAAGCAGCAAGAAGACAAACUACAGCCAGUGCUGAGAAAACUUCAUCCUAUUGAGGAAACUCAGGUUGCACCUUUGCCUUAUUCCCAGGAGAGUUACUCCUCAACUCCCAAGCAAAAAUCCAAAACUGAAUCAAAAAAGCAUGGAAGAUGGAAACUCUGGUUUCUUUAACUAAAUCCGUAAUAUAUGGAAUUUAAGGCCUUCUUCGAAAAACACAUCCACACAAA